UUGUUAUUUAAAAAACACAGUCAUAACCAUAUUUGAUGUUGUCCUAAAUGACGUGUACAUGUUGACAUAUUAACCGGUGAAUAAAAGAUCCAAAAAAAACAAAAUUAAUUAUUAUUAUUUAAAAAUGUUGUACUCAUCAAUUUUUAUAAUUAUUGGCUUGACAUUUAUUAAUUGUGCAUCGUCUUUAGAAUCGUUGGAGAUUGUUAGUGAUGAUACUCUUUUGAAGGACCUCAAAACAGAACAAUAUGUGGUUGUUUUAUUCACAACUACUAAAGAUUGUCCAGAAUGUGAAAGCUAUGAAAAUGAAAUAUUAAAAAUACGUGAUGAUCUUGUUGAUAUAUUAUCAGCCUGGGUAUUGAAAUCAGUUGACAGUCCAUUUAAAAAACUGUACAAUCCAAGUAAAGGACCAACAUUGGUUUUCUUUAGAAAUGGCAUUCCCCUAUUAUACGAUGGUCCAUUGAAUGAUGAGGAAAUACUUCAGUAUAUUUUAGACAAUAAAGAACCAAUUGUUAAAGAGCUAACUGAUGAUACUUUUGAACAUUUAACACAAGCCAGUACUGGUGCAACAACUGGUGACUGGUUUGUCAUGUUCUAUACCAAUGAUUGUGUUGAAUGUCAACGAUUAGGAGCAAGAUGGGAAGCAGUUGGUGCUAAAUUAAAACAACGACUAAAUGUUGCUCGUGUUAAUAAAUACACAACUGGUGCAGCAACUGCAAGAAGAUUUAAUGUCUAUGAUGUACCAGAAUUUAUACUGUUUCGACAGGGUAAAAUGUACAGAUAUCAAAUUAAAAAACAUGAUGUUAAUGCAUUUGUAUUAUUUGCAAAAGAAUGGUACAGAAAUGUCAAUGGUGAAAAAGUUCAAGUACCACCAAGUCCAUUUGAUGAUUUGACACUGAUGAUUGCAAACUUUUUACGAGAAAAUCCAUGGGUCUUCAAACUUGGCAGCAUUGUUUUGGCUGUGAUAAUAAUAAUUACAGUUAUAUCAAAACUUAGAAAGAAACCAGAUACAACUGAAAAAAAAGACAAAGCCAAAUAAAUAAAAUUGUCUUAUAAUUUUGUACAUAUAUACAAAGUUUAAUCUCGUUAAAACAAUAAUAAUGAAGUGAAAAAAAAAGAAAAGAUA